AUGAAAGGACGCAUCGUUGUUGUCAAGGAAUACGGCAAACCCUUUGAGAUCCAAGAGUACGACGUUCCGGAACCCCAACCCGGAGCAGUCCUCCUCCGCAUGACCCAGGCCGGCAUCUGCGGUUCCGACCUCCACACCUGGCGCGGUGACCAGACCCAGGAGCACAAUCCGCUGCCCGAAACCGGCCGCGUCAUGGGACACGAGGGCACCGGCGUCAUCGAGCACCUGGGAGACGGGGUGACUUCCGAUUACUGGGGCACCGAUGUGAAGGAAGGCGACCGCGUGGUGUAUGCCGCCGUGUUCCCCUGCUACCACUGUCACAUGUGCCUGCGCGGGAACACCAACUGGUGCGCCAAUCGCCAGUAUCCCGCCGCCGGCAACUGGCCCUACUUCACCGGCACCUACGGCGACUUCCUGUACCUUCCGCCGCGACACCCCUUCUUCCGCGUCCCCGACGAACUCCCUGAUAGCAUCCUCGGACCGGUCAACUGUGCCAUGGGCACCGUGACCACCGGCCUGGAGCGAGCCGGCAUGGCCCACGGCCAAUCUGUGGUCAUCAUGGGCGCCGGCGGCCUGGGCAUCCACGCCACCGCCAUGGCCAAGGAACGCGGCGCCGACCGCGUUAUCGUGCUGGACCGCCUGGAGAAUCGCCUGGCUCUCGCCGAGGAGUUCGGCGCCGACGACACCAUCAACAUCGAGGAGUUCAACACGCCCGAAACCCGCGUCCGCCGGGUCCGUGAGUUGACCCGCGGCCGUGGCGCCGACGUGGUCAUGGAGCUGGUCGGUCGCGCCGACCUGCUCAAGGAAGGCAUUGACAUGCUGUCCAACGGCGGCACGUUCGUCGAAAUCGGCGACAUCGUGCGCGGCCAGGAAGUGUCAAUCGACCCGUCGAAGCUCCUGCAGGGCAAGAACAUCGUGGGCAGCCUGAUGUAUCGCCCGUCGCUGCUCCCUGAACUGCUGGACUUCCUCGUCCGCAACCAGGAGAACCUACCCUUCCACAAGUUGGUAUCGCACACGUUCCCCCUGGCGGAUGUCAACGAAGCCUUCACGGCGGCGGAGUGGAGCCAGCGCCAGACGGAGAUUACGCGAGCGAUGCUGGUGCCGUAG